UCCAAACUCAUUAAAUUGCAGAAUUCCCCUCUUUGACUUGACACUCUUCUGACCUCCCCCCACAAGAUCACCACCACACCACACCCCACCCAUUCUCCUGCUCCAUCGAUUUUGCACCUUGCUCCCAUUUCUAUCUUCUCUCCGAAUUCGAUUCCAAGAUUUACUGAUUUCUUGAAAUCAAGACUCUCCCGCAGGUUGUAAUUCAGCCAGCCAGAUUUAGAGACUAUUCAAUGGCCAUUUCCGGCGUCGUAUCGACCCUUGAUCGAAAAGGGGGAGAAAAUUAGGGCUUAUGAUUUCAAGAAUUGGGGAUGGAUUGGUUUGAUUGAUUUAUGUAAUUCCUUCGAUAAUAUUGUUGGAUUAAACUGUAAUGGUUACUAUGGAUUGUGCAAUUAAGCUGCGAAACGCUCGGCAUUGUCGCCGGAUCGAUACUAUGGAGCUUAAGGAUUGCAUAGUGAAGAAACUGGGGCCUCAGCUGGCCCUAAAGUAUUUCAAUCUUGUUAGUAGAUAUUUGAGCUUAAGGCUUAGGAAAACGGCAUUCGACAAGAUGUGUAUCGGGCUAUUGGGGCGAGAAAAUGUCUCUCUUCACAAUGGACUUAUCCGAGCAAUCGUUAAAAACGUUUGCGCCGAAGAUAAGUCCAAAUUCGGAAGAGGGCGAUCUUCGUCGAAUGUGAAAAACUCAUUUGGUUUUAGAAGAGGGAAAUCUUCGAUUAGGUCAAAGGAUCGGUUAAGUCCGCUCGGGCCGAGUGGCGGGAAGCUCCGAAUCGAAGAUUUGGCAGAGAAGUUUCCGGAACAACAGAGUGCAACUGAGAUGUUUUCUUUGGGCAGCCGACCUCCCGUCGACGUGAAUUCCGUUGAAGAUGGCGAAGAAGUCGAGCAAGACGCAGGAAGUCCCGGGAUUUAUAGUCGAACCGCUCUUAAAGCGCCUCUCGGAGUUUAUUUCCGAUCGAAAAAUGAAUUAUGCCUUGGAUCGUCGGCAUUGGGAUCGACAGAUACUUGUUAUUACAACGGCGGGCUUCCCGAUUUCGCUUUGUUGAGGAAACGGCUGGAAUGUAUCUCGAGGUUGAAUGUCUCGACAGAUUGUGUCAAUUUGAUGAACAACGGCGUUGAUGUGUUCUUGAAACGACUGCUCAAGCCCUGUCUUGAUUUAGCUUCGGUGAGGGCGGAAGAGGUUUCUGUUUCGGUGACGAAUUUUCGAGUCGUGGCGGAGACGAGUCCGUCGAUGCUCGGAGAAAAUUGGCCUGUACAGCUCGAGAAAGUUUGUUUGCACGCGUUGGAAGGCGCCGUCGAUGAUGCGUAGUCUCUGUUUUGAUUUUUUUUUAUGUUCUUUUCUUACAGCGACGGUAGAUAUAAAUUUAUGUGAUCAUCUUGCCUGAAUCGCAACAUCGAAAAAAAGAUCGCAUAUAGGCUACAGAGGCGACGAUUAUUUCUGAAGUAAGCGUUCUUACCGUAUAAAGGGAUCCGGAAACUUCUGAGAUUCCCGGAAGGACAGCCUUCGCAGUUCUUCUCCGGUCUAUUGUAUUCUGUCUUUGCUUAUUCGGUAAAUAAAGGUUUCGUUAUUUGCUA